AUGGAGACUGUCGAUGAACAAAACUUUGAGCGGUAUGGUCUUGAUUGUCCUUUGUGCAUGCGUCUUUUAUACGAACCGCUGACAACACCUUGUGGACAUACGUUCUGCCGCAGUUGCCUAGCUCGAGCACUGGACCACGCAUCGUACUGUCCAAUAUGCCGGACAGUGCUGUACGUAGACUCUGAAAAGCACCCUGUUACGGUAGCAGUUGCGAAGGUAUGCGAGGAGCUAUUUCCCGAUGUGUACCGUCAGCGUGCUAUUGAAGAAGAACGAGAGUGCACACACCAGUUUGACGCACCUGCAGCAACAGCAGCAGUAGCACCAGACGGAACGCCCCCGGUGGAGACGCAGCCUGCCAGUAACAGUGGGAACAGCAGCAGGAGCAGCGGUACCACCGAGACAACAGUGCCUGUGACGAGCGGCCCAGCUGUGACUGUGAACCAAAGAAUCCGCUGGUUGCCGCUUUUUCUGCUGGAUGAGGCGGUGUUUCCUUAUCAGAGAAUCCAACUGCACAUUUUCGAACCUCGAUACCGUUUGAUGCUGCGUCGAGUCAUGGCCAGUUCAAGGCAGUUCGGCUUCGUAGCCGUAUUCCGACAACCACCCGCUGGGCUCAACGUUAUACGGGCAGCGGGUGGGCAUCCGUUCAUGGCCACCGUAGGCACGGUUCUCCAAGUCACGGACUGUGAACGACUUGGCGAUGGACGCAGUCUCAUUGACGUGAUUGGGAUCAAUCGCUUUAGGAUUAUCCCGGAAACGGUCCACAUCGUGGAUGGCUAUGUGGUUGCGCGAGUAGAGCUCUGGAAUGAGGAUUCAGAGUCAGAGACUGAAAACCCUGACGUCGCCUAUUUGAACGGUCGAGGACCCGAUCCCGAGCUCAGGACGCGCUUUGUUUCUCUGAUUCGAGACGCUUUGGAGUUCGCUUUCGAUGCGGCACGGGUGGAGCUUUUUACACCUGCAUCACAGGGCAGCGUCUCGCCGGAGUUGCACGGCUUGACGCCGGUGCUGGGUACCAUGGAAGAGCCGUCGCUGUCGGAGCUGACGCAGUGUGAGACCGAGUCGGAGACGAGUCCCCGGUCGCCAGCGCGAAGCGGUCCAGAGGGACGAGGCAGUCGCGUACAGGCGGUCACGAGGAUUAGUUUCUGGCUGGCCCAUCAUACUACACCAGAAACAGCAGAGCGACAACGUCUCCUGGAGAUGCGCAGUGCGCUCGAACGGCUGGAUAAGGUGAUGCGGGGCGUGCGCGCCCGUCGUCUACCCAUGCUCCUUAGACGACUUCGAAUGGAGAGCAGCAACAGCAGCAACAACAACGAGUAG